AUGUCUCCAGAACCCGCCACUGGCAGGCUCCGAUGGUCACGCUCUAUUAUUAUCAAGUUGACCAAGGAAAUUCGUGUGGGCUGUGAUAAAAGAUCCCAGAUUUUUGUUGUCAAAUGCUUGAAUAACUCCAACUCUCCUUAUGUACCAAUUGAUCAAAACAUGGUCGCCAAAAUAUAUGAUCCACUCUAUCAUGACUUCUCUUUCAACGAUGAAGACCCCUUUCUUGGGGUCGAUUAUGACUACACCCAUGAGUGUGCCGCUUAUAUGCAUCUGUCGAACCUGCAGGGCUCAGUUAUUCCUAGAUUUUUCGGUUCGUACACCUUGACAAUAAACUUGGGUGAGAAUUCUCGCCAUGUUCGAUUGAUUUUGAUCGAGCAUAUUGAUGGUCUCUCCAUGGAUAGAUUGAACCCUGAAAUGUUUCCAAGGGAAGAACGUCAAGAGAUCAUGAAACAAAUAAUCAAUGGAGAAUCUUCACUUUACACGAAAUAUGUCUUGCACGAGGAUCUCUGCCCAAGAAAUAUCAUCAUCCAACGAAACACAACAUUGGGGGUAUUCAUUAUUGAUCUAGGGAAGUCGGUUAUUGGACGAUCGCAAUCCAUCUAA